GCUUUCACCAAACAUUCUAAAAAAACGCAAAUGAAAAUCUGACGUUUUGUAGAAUUAACGCGAAAAUCAUUGGCGAUUUGAUAGUAAAGUGCGAAAAAGAUGAAUUCGUUCCUGGAGAAGGUAGCUAAGUUGCUAACAAUAUUUUUGCUAUCGUUUUUGAAAUGUGGAGAAUGUUCUGUGAGUAGCAAUGAGUACAUGAAGCGUGAACAUUCAUUAAUACGACCAUUCCAAGGUGUUGGCAUAAAUCUGCCCUAUUGGGAUUUCUUAGGACAUACCAUGGUGACUAGCAACUACAUAAGACUGACACCCGAUUUGCAAUCAAAGAGCGGCGCGCUUUGGAAUUUCUCGCCGGUUAUGACACGUAACUGGGAGAUACACGUGACUUUUAAGGUGCACGGCAAAGGCACCGAAUUGUACGGCGACGGUUUAGCAAUUUGGUAUACUAAAGAACGUAUGCAACCAGGCCCUGUUUUCGGUAGCAAAGAUUAUUUCUCCGGCUUAGCAGUGAUAUUGGAUACUUAUAGCAAUCACAACGGACCACAUAAUCAUCAACAUCCCUACCUCAGUGCUAUGAUUAACAAUGGUACCUGGACGUAUGACCAUGAUCGCGAUGGUACACACACACAACUUGCUGGGUGUGAGGUGCGUUUUCGUAAUGUGAACUAUGAUACACACGUAAGCAUACGCUACGAAAACGACGUACUUUCAAUAUCUACUGAUAUGGAGAAUAAGCGUGAAUGGAAGAAUUGUUUUGUGGUAAACGAUGUUGAAUUACCAACUGGCUACUUUCUGGGUCUAUCUGCGACUACUGGUGAUCUUUCAGAUAGUCAUGAUGUGCUUGGCGUCAAAUUCUACGAUCUGGAUAUAAAUGUUACGCCGGAAGAUAUAGCAGCGCGUUCAAGCAUUAUACCCCGUGCAAAAACAUACGAACCACCACGUGAACACAAAGAUGAUCCCAAACCGGGCAUGUCAAACGCAAAAAUUUUCUUCAUACUUUUAUUCGGCAUGAUAUUCACAAUUGGUGCUGCUAUAUUUGCGAUCUCAUACUUUAAAGGCAAAAAUUCAAGGAAACGGUUUUAUUAAACACAUCACACAUACCAAACUCUCUACUUCCACUCCAUAGAACAGAUGUCAAGACUUUUCUCCUUAGUAAAUUAGUUUAACAAAAUUGAUAAAGCGAGCAGCACACCACACAUACAUACACUACAUAGUUUAUAUCUAUGUAUGAAAAGAAAUCUUAUGUAAUUAUUGUAAUUUAUUACUGCUUAGUAAGUGGCUGCAUGAGCAAUUUGUUUUUAAUUAAAACAAAUGAAGAGUCAAUAUCAUUGCAGUUCAUUUGACUGUGCAAUUUUAUUUUAGUUUAUUCUACUGCAUACUAUUAUGCAGUUAUUCCAUCAACAACUAUUUAUGAUUUUUUAGUUCAUCAUACAAUUAGCAUGAAAUUUAUAAUGUAAUGUAAUUGUAAAUAAAUAAACGAUAUAUAUAUAAAAAAA